GCUGAUACCGGUGCAAAUGUCAUAGUAACUGGUGGCAAAGUAGCAGACAUGGCUCUUCAUUAUGCAAACAAAUAUAAUAUCAUGUUGGUUAGACUGAAUUCAAAAUGGGAUCUCAGAAGACUUUGUAAAACAGUUGGUGCGACAGCUCUUCCUAGAUUGACUGCUCCUGUCCUUGAAGAAAUAGGCCAUUGUGACAGUGUGUACCUCUCAGAAGUCGGAGACACACAGGUGGUUGUUUUUAAACAUGAAAAAGAAGAUGGUGCCAUUUCUACCAUAGUACUUCGAGGUUCCACUGACAAUCUAAUGGAUGAUAUAGAAAGGGCAGUAGAUGAUGGUGUUAAUACUUUCAAAGUUCUCACAAGGGACAAACGUCUUGUACCUGGAGGUGGAGCAACUGAAAUUGAGUUGGCCAAACAGAUCACGUCAUAUGGAGAGACAUGUCCUGGACUUGAACAGUAUGCUAUUAAGAAAUUUGCAGAGGCAUUUGAAGCUAUUCCCCGGGCACUAGCAGAAAAUUCUGGU